UCCGGUGACGCGGCAGCGCUGGCUUCCGAUUGGCGGGCGGCCGCGUCGCUCGCGGGUCUCAGCCCCACCUCCCACCCCCACCCCCGCUCCCGGCAGGCGGAAGAGUCUCGCCCAGGACGGGGGGUGUUUAGGACACAGCUGUUAAUGGAAAAAUUCAUGUACAAGUACAAACUAAGAAGGACAGCCUAAUCUUUGAGGAAAUGGCAGGAUUCCUAGACAACUUCCGGUGGCCAGAGUGUGAGUGCAUUGACUGGAGUGAAAGAAGAAAUGCCAUCGCUUCAAUAGUUGCGGGUGUAUUGUUUUUCACAGGUUGGUGGAUAAUGAUCGAUGCUGCAGUAGUUUACCCUAAGCCAGAACAAAUGAACCAUGCGUUCCAUACCUGCGGGGUGUUUUCAACACUAGCAUUUUUCAUGAUAAAUGCUGUUUCAAAUGCACAGGUGAGAGGAGACAGCUACAGUGACGGAUGUUUAGGAAGAACAGGUGCUCGUAUCUGGCUCUUCAUUGGCUUUAUGUUGAUGUUUGGUUCACUUAUUGCUUCAAUGUGGAUUCUUUUUGGAGCAUAUGUUACACAGAACACUAAUGUUUACCCUGGAUUAGCAGUGUUUUUCCAAAAUGCGUUGAUAUUUUUCAGUACUCUGAUCUACAAGUUUGGAAGAACAGAAGAGUUAUGGGGAUGAGAGAUCACGUAUAGCAUUGUCUAUUCCAUACUUGCUAUGUCGUACUAUGUAUGUAGAUAUAUUUACAUUUAUUUGUUCUUGUUUUGCUUUCUAAAUUGUAUGGACUGAGACAAAUUACAGUUUCUGUAAUGAGCUCCCUCUUUUCACAGGACAGAUUUGUGAAUAUGUACAUAAGACUGUAUAUAUCUUAAAAAGGGAUACGUCAGGCUUUCUUUCUGAAAUCUUCAGGCUUAUUUCUUCAAAUACACGGGUUUCCAUCAACUCCUAAGACUCGAUCUUCCAAACCUUCACGUGUGUCAGAGACUCCAGUGGAACAACUAGUGAACAAGUAGGAUAAAGCUCGUUCCCUGUAAUGGGGGUUAUUACUUUUAUGCGUAGGUGAGCGAGAGCCGAUUUCGUGAGGGCUGCCUGUGUCACCCAAAGCAGUAGCCCCAGCGCAUGGAUGUGUCCCAGCUAAGCUUAACGAGGGUAAAUUCUAUUGUAUGCUGAGAUAAGAGCUGAUUUUAACGAUUUUGUAUGACUGUUCAGAAAAAUAUAAAGUAGCUAUUUUUUUGUAAAAGGUUAUGAGUUUUUAAGCAAGGCCCUAUAUUAAGCAGGAUCUGCAUGACAAAUCAAACUGUUCCUGACUUCUGAUUGCUAUAGCACAAAUGACAUUUGGUAGCACCAUGGUCCUUAGAAUUAAUUUCAUGCUGUUCAAUGUAGUAGAUACCAAUUAGUAUUUAAUAUAUUUACUGAUAUUAGAAGAAAAAAACCCACCAAAACAAAGAUGAAAACUGAUGCCAGUCAUACUUAAGGAAUAUGAUGAACAAAUGAGAAUCAGACUAACAUCUUUAAAAUUACACUAGCAUAAUUUUCUUCAGGGGAAGCUUUUUGCUGAUAAAUGAACACUUAUCCUGCUACCCAUUACUUUUUCUAUUUAAAAGGCAAGCAUUUCAAGUGGGGAUAUAGUAGAUGUAUUUAUUGCUAACACUCUUACCUUGAAAUACUUGCCAGUUUUAGGGCUGCCAUUUGCCCCGGUUAAAAAUGUAUUUAUCUCCUAAAUUUCAUGGGCACUUUAUGGGAACGCGUCCAUUAUCGAAAUCCCAUUUCUCCUAGCUGGAGUACACAGAAAGGGCGAACAAUGCCAUUUUAUAGCUUUGGGCUGAUCUUGUAUAUUCAUCUUGCUAUUGGCGACUUCCUUAUCCCAUGAGUUCUAUGUGGUUUUUAAAGCAUUUGAAAUCUACCUUGCGUCUAAAAGCUUUUAUAACUUUCUAUGUAUCCAGAUCGCUGACCAAAUGGUAUUAAACUGCAGAAUGUAACUUCUGUGCAUGGUUACUGUAUACUGUUAGUCAUCUAACUGCUCCCUUGUGGGAAUCUCUCCAGUGGACAGAAUAUGAAGCAAAUACUGCAGCUGAAAUUGUGCUACUGGCUGGACUAACGUCAUCCCCAUUUCACCAUCCUGCAGUGAGUUAGGAUAUAUUCACUGGUGUUAAUCAUAGCUUUGUACAUAAGAAGUAAGUUGUCUGUUUGGUUGUAAUUUCAGAAAACCGCAAUAAACUUUAUCUUAUGUUCUCAAAAUAGUGAACUUCACCAAGUUAAUUGUACAGGACUCUACUUAAAUAGCUCAAGUAGCAGUGAACUUUAGCAAGUCUUACACCAGCUAAUAAAACCAAGGGUUUUUGUUUUCAGGUCCGUCAGUUUCUUGCUGAGGAGCUUAGGAAUGUUUGGUGGCUUUUUUACUAAGUGAGAAACAAGUGUAGGCUAGAACUAAUCCCACUUACGGUAUCUUCCACCUGAUGCUUGAACAGCAAGAGUGAAGUGUUUGACUCUGGAGGAACUCUUAACAGUGUGCUUUAAUGCAAGUUCCUGGUUAAAAAUCAGUAUUUCUUUCAGAAGAGAGACAGCUCUGAGGGUGUGAAAGCAGAUGUAGUGUAAGAGCCACCCAGGCUUCGUUCAGAAUAUCCCGAGAUCCACUUUUACACCACCGGCAGUUCCAGCGCAGGCCAAGGUGGACUGGGAUGGCUCAUUUUAGGUAAUGCCUUUGCCGGCUGCAGUUGUGAAGAGAAACCUUGAAUUACUCCUAACAAAAAAAGGUUUUUAACUUUGGCUUAUUUGUGUAACUGUAAAAAUAUUUAGUAACAACGAUCUCCAACCAAAGUCUAGCACAGGGCUUAGUCAGGAAGUUGUAUGCUGUAUUGCUGUAUAUUCACAGAUGUUUUAAUUGCCUUCUUAUCUAUAUCCUCUGUUACGCAUGUGGGUUGUUCCUUUUGCGAGCCUGUUGGUUCUUCACUUGUUUACAGCACAGUAUAUAAGAAGAGCGUGGAUGAACUUAAAAGCAGGUAUUAUGCAGCUUGUAGCUGACUCGAAAAGUCUUACCAGAAUUGGAAGUAUGACUAAGUCUUCAGAUAACUACGUGGUCUUAGCAUGUUGCCUAAUCUCGAGUGAUUAGACUAAUUCUGUGAGGCAAUAACCUUGUGAAGCUUCUGGAAAAAAUGUCACUGGUUUUUCAUGUCAGGCCUCUGGGUUCCUGGAAGAGGUGGAACAGCAUUUCCUCAGAUAACCAACAGCUCUGACAGCGACCAGGUUCAUUAACAGACC